AUGCUCUCCCUGAGCUUUUGGUCCUUGCAUUCCAAGUUGAAUGCAAACAUCGUCAUGUUUGUCAGAACAACGUGUCUGCUCCACGUCGUGGUAUCGCUAUCCAGACUGGUUCGCUGCAUGGAAAGUGAACUUUGCUUCCCGUUCAUCCUGGACACGCAACAGCAGUAUAAUGACAACGACGUGGAUGCGCUCCACGGCAAAUGUGUGCUAAGAAUUCAAGCUUUCCACCAGGAAUUAGUGGUGGAUUUACGGCAAGAUUCCAACUUCAUUGGCCCAUAUGUGUCCAGUCAAGACGCACCGUGGCUCUCCGGUACGGACGUCACCAUUGAGCUGAGUCGCUGUUUUUACUCCGGUUAUGUGAACGCUGACCGGUUUUCGUAUGCAGCCUUAAGCCUGUGUAAGGGCGUGCAAGGUGCAUUUGGCUACCAAGGCUGGGAGUAUUUUAUCAGCCCGGUGCGUAACGCCACCGCGAGCGCAAGCGGUGCGCACGUCAUCCGGCGCAGAAACAGCGGCAACCUGAAGCCGAAUUCCACUUCCAGGUGCGCAGUCAACAGUGACAUAAGCCAUCACGUCGCCCAGAUGUUGGGGAAAUACAAGACCGUCGAAGAUAACAACAAUGUCACUGAAACCAUCAUGAGGGGCACGGGGAGAAGCAAACGCUUUGCGUCGGUUCCCAGGUACGUGGAGACGCUGGUGGUGGCGGACCAGACCAUGGCUGAGUUCCACGGAAACGACCUCAAACAUUACCUCUUGACACUCAUGUCAGUGGCGGCCAGGCUCUACAAGCAUCCGAGUAUCCUCAACUCCAUCAACAUAGUCGUCGUGAAGAUUUUGGUUAUAUCCGAUGUGGACAAAGGACCCAAAGUGUCCGGGAACGCAGCUCUGACGCUCCGGAAUUUUUGCACCUGGCAAAAAAAGAUGAAUAAGAACAGUGACAAGCAUGCAGAAUAUUGGGACACAGCGAUCCUCUUCACAAGACAGGACUUGUGUGGGGCUUCCACAUGCGACACCCUUGGAAUGGCCGAUGUCGGCACCAUGUGCGACCCAAAGAGGAGCUGCUCAGUGAUCGAAGAUGACGGUUUGCCUUCUGCCUUCACUACAGCUCACGAGCUCGGACACGUCUUCAACAUGCCGCAUGACAACGUGAAGGCCUGUGAGGACGUGUUUGGCAAGCUGCAGGACAACCACAUGAUGUCUCCCACACUAAUUCAGAUCAAUCGCACCAGCCCGUGGUCGCCCUGCAGCGCUGCCAUCAUCACAGAAUUUCUGGACAGUGGACACGGGGAGUGUUUGUUGGACCAGCCCCAGAAACCAUUAGGCCUCCCCAACGAGCUUCCCGGAGCAUCGUACCUCCUGGAGCGUCAGUGCGAGCUUGCCUUUGGCGAAGGUUCCAAGCCCUGUCCCUUCAUGCAGCCGCCGUGUGUCCGCCUGUGGUGCACAGGCAAGUCCAAUGGCCAGUUGGUGUGCAUGACUCGCCACUUCCCCUGGGCGGACGGCACCCACUGCGGAGAGGGCAAAGUUUGUGACCGAGGCAUCUGCUCUCCCAUAGAAGAGCAAACUUUAAAGGUGGAUGGUCGAUGGGGCAAGUGGGGUACGUUUGGUUCCUGCUCACGCACGUGCGGAGGUGGCGUCCAACUGGCCAAAAGAGAGUGCAACAACCCCCUUCCCUCAAAUGGGGGCAAGUACUGCCAAGGGGUUCGGGUCAAGUACCGCUCCUGCAGCCUGAACCACUGCCCCGCUACAGGCAAGACUUACCGCGAAGAGCAGUGUGAAUCCAGAGGCCGCGGUUUCAGCAGCAACCAUAUUGCCCCUUCUGUGGUGUGGGUGCCCAAGUAUUCUGGAGUGAGUGUCGAAGACAGGUGUAAACUCAUCUGCAGGGCCAAUGGAACCGGCUACUUCUAUGCUAUGGCACAGAAGGUUGUGGAUGGAACCCCGUGUUCCCCAGACUCUACGGGUGUGUGCGUUCAAGGAAAAUGCAUUAAGGCUGGGUGUGAUGGAAAAAUUGGAUCAACCAAGAAGUUUAACAAAUGUGGAAUCUGCGGCGGUGACAAUAAGAACUGCAAGAAGGUCUCAGGACUCUUCACCAAGCCUAUGCAUGGCUACAACUUUGUGGUGAUGUUGCCAGUGGGCGCAACCAACAUCGACAUCCGCCAACGCGGCUACCAAGGAAUGUUGGGUGACGACAACUACUUGGCGGUGAAGAACAGUGAGGGUCAUUAUCUUCUGAAUGGCGACUACGUGGUGUCAGCCGGCGAGAGGGACAUCAUCGUUAAGGGCACUCUGCUGCGCUACAGCGGCACCACUGGGCUCUCAGAGACCCUCCAGUCUGUAAAUACCCUGAGGGAGACACUCACUGUGCAAGUGUUGUGCGCGGGCAAUUUAACGCCCCCUCGCAUACGCUACUCCUUCUACAUAGCCCGGCAGAGCAACAAAGAGGACAAGACGCAGAAGAAGGAGGAGCGAGUGAAAUCCCACAACAGCGUUCUGGCUGAUGACAGCGUGAAGGAGACUCUAAAGAAAGCUUACAGCAAAGAGGAGCCCCUCCUGGUGAAAUGGACAUCGGCAAACUGGGACGAGUGCUCGGUGAGCUGCGGCAACGGUUUCCAAAGGCGGAUGGUGCAAUGCUUGAGGACGGACGGCAAGCCGGGAAUGAACUGUGAUCCUUCCAAAAGACCCUCGGCCACCAGAGCUUGCGGAGACCCGUGUCCAGGGUGGUACGCCGGCCAGUGGUCCUCGUGCUCCGCAACUUGCGGGAAAGGCUUUAAGAGACGACCACUGCACUGCAAAGCCCAAACGGGACACUUGCUUCCUAGGGACCACUGCAGUAGCUUACGCAAACCUCAGGAGCUGGACUUCUGUAAACUCAAGCCUUGCUAGAGACUUGAAAAGCUUGAGUAUGACUGAACUUGAUUCAACAGCUCUCUUCCACACACUCUCUCCUGCGUCACGAGACACUUGCACAGAAGAGCCCAAAUAGAUGGUAUUAUGCAUUUUCCCCACCAUUUAAAGCAAACCACCUGAAUCCUCUUCUGACAGCACAAUAACAUUGUACAAAGUUACUAUGAAGCUAACUAUAAAAGGUUAUAUUAUUGUUGAGUUCAAUUAUUUAAGAGUUGACAUGUUAGUAAGCAAUUUAUCUUACGUACGAGUCUGAAACCCAUUUAGUGUCACUUUUUUUU